CACUUGCCGGGACAAACAAGAAAUUUUUUAUUUUAUUUUUGUUUGAUCAGUACGUAUAUCGGAAAUCAAGUAUGAAUAUAUUGUUUGUGGUGGAGGUAUUUCUCCUCGUGGCUGUGGUAAAGUGUCAGUACAAACCAACGUGGGAAUCUCUAGAUGCUCGGCCGCUGCCGGCCUGGUACGACGAGUCCAAGUUCGGAAUAUUUAUACACUGGGGAGUCUUUUCGGUGCCCAGUUUUCGAUCUGAAUGGUUCUGGUGGGACUGGCAGGGAGUAAACGAUUCUGACGUUGUAGCGUUUAUGAAAAGUAACUAUCCUCCUACAUUCACGUAUCCUGAUUUUGCUCCGACAUUUAAGGCUGAAUUUUUCAACCCGGAACAGUGGGCAGAUGUAAUACAGGCGUCCGGAGCAAGGUAUGUAGUGCUGACCAGCAAACACCACGAAGGGUUUACGAACUGGCCGUCCAAAGUAUCCUGGAAUUGGAACUCGAUGGAUACAGGACCUCACCGAGACUUGGUUGGUGACCUUGCAGCUGCCAUACGUAAUCAAACAAGUGUGAUAUUCGGCCUUUACCAUUCCUUGUUUGAAUGGUUCAACCCACUCUACCUGCAGGAUAAGCAAAACAACUGGACUACCCAAGAUUUUGUUAAGGAAAAGACUGAAGUUGAAUUAUUUGAUUUAAUAAACACUUACAAGCCCGAUCUCCUCUGGUCAGAUGGGGAAUGGGAAGCUCCAGCCUCGUACUGGAACUCACAGCAGUUUCUGGCCUGGCUGUACAAUGAUAGCCCUGUAAAGGACACUAUUGUGACUAAUGACAGAUGGGGAGCGAGGACCCUCUGUAAACAUGGCGGCUAUUAUACCUGCAGUGAUCGAUUUAAUCCAGGCGUUCUCCAGAAACACAAAUGGGAGAACGCGAUGACGCUAGAUACCAAAUCUUGGGGUUUCAGACGCAAUGCUCCGCUGACGGAUUACCUAGACAUGGAAAACCUGACGCAAAUUUUAGCAGAAACAAUUAGUUGUGGCGGGAACCUGUUAAUGAACAUCGGUCCGACCGCGGACGGGCGAAUUGUACCGAUCUUUGAGGAGAGGCUGCGUCAGAUGGGAGCCUGGUUAAAGGUUAACGGAGAGGCGAUCUACGGCAGUCAGCCAUGGAUCUUCCAGAAUGACACGGUCACACCAGGCGUAUGGUACACCAUGGCUAAACGUGUUGCAAGCACCGCGGUAUACGCCAUUGUCCUUGAUUGGCCAGACGGAGACAUUCUGUAUCUGGCAUCUGUCAGCCCUAGUUUACAAACUAAUGUUACCCUGUUGGGUUAUCUAGGAACAUUUGAUUGGAGAAGGCCUGAAUCAGGUGGAAUUGAGAUUAUCAUACCACCGAUUCCAGCCAGUCACAUGCCUUGUAAAUGGGCGUGGGUAUUCAGAUUUGAAGGUUUAGAAACCUAGCCCCUCUUGAAAAAGGCGGUUGCCUCCCCUUGAUUAUUUUGUAAAUAGGCACACGUGUAUACCUGAGUAAGUAGGCCUACAUAUAUAUUUGUAUGAAUAAUUUUGUCUUUUCUCCAUAUACUACUAUUGAAUAAAAGUUA